AUGUCAUCCUUCGACCUAUACCAGCAAAAUGGUGUGCAGUACGCAAAUUGGCUCAGUAACAAUGUCUACUGCCCUAUAGGUACUUCAAGACUUACACUUCAGGACCUACAAUACCAAGGUUGGAGCGUCAGCAGCGAGGAAAUUCGCCUCCCCCGUCACUUUCACUCACGAGUAUCCCGAGUCCAUAUUCCCGUAACUGGUCCGUUCUACAGAACUAGCCUUGUUCGAUCGGACGUUUACGGCGAGUGGGAUGGAAUCAUCGGGCCGGGCAUGGUGAUUAUUGAAACGGUUUAUCGAACCGAGCGCACUAACCUCCCAUAUUCUUCUCAACUGACUAAAGCUGCUUAUCAGAACGGCGGCCGUCUUACAGAUCUGAGGUAUAUUUUUAUGGAGAAUGUUGUUAAUGACGACACGUUAGGGUUUGUUCGCAAUUUCAUCUACACUGAGCGCGAGUACAAAAGAGUUGAUUCUAUCUGUGAGGCCCCGCGGAAAUCUUUUCAAGUCGGUACACCCCAGUAUUACGCCAUCUUGGGUACACAGAUGGGUAAGAUUGUUGUCUACUUUUUGUUGAAUUCCUUUGGGCCAGGUGCGCGGCAUAUUCGGAAAGUUACUACUUGGUUUGAGAGAUAUACGCUUCAGUUUCGGUUUGAUAUUGCUUAA